AUGGGUAAAGACUGUUUCCAAAUAUAUGAAAACUUACCACUCAGUGUUCAAGACAGAGAAGAUAUUGACAAAAUUCUAGAAGCAUUAGAUGGUCACUUCAUGCCCAAAACAAAUGUGAUCUACGAACGAUAUAUCUUUAAUACGGCAGACCAGAUGCCUAAUGAAUCGAUUGACGAUUACUUGUGCAGACUACGAGAACUUGCGAAGACAUGUGAAUUUGGUGAUAUUACGGACCAAAUGAUUCGCGAUAGGAUAGUACUUGGAACCAAGGACCAAUAUGUUCAUGGACGAUUGCUCAGAGAAUCUAAGCUCACACUUAACAGCACCAUAGACAUCUGUAGAACCAGUGAGAGAACUUCCAGUCAGCUUAAGAAACUACAAGGACAAGGACAGAGUGACACUAAUAAUACAGCUCAAAUCAACUACGAAGCACGAAGAAAUAAGAAGCACAUGAAAGAUACGAAGCAGCAGAAAAAGUCUUCAACAAAGCCGCCAAAAUACCCAAGCAAAGGAGAUCAUAAAUGUAAAUACUGCGGUGGAAAGCAUGCAAGAGGAAGAAACAAGUGUCCGGCUUAUGGACAGAUGUGCAACAAGUGCAAAAAGAAAAAUCAUUUCGCUUCAGUGUGUCAGAGUGGUAGCAAGACUGUUCUUCAACUUGAUGAAACUGAUGACAGUAGUGAUUGUGAGUCUUGUUACACAGUGAAGGCGACACAUGGUAAACAGUGGUUUACAAAAGUCAACAUGUUGAUCGACGACGAAACUCGUCAAGAUGUUAUCUGUCAACUGGACUCUGGAUCAACAUGUAACAUUCUUGGAUUUCGGCAAUACUGCAUUCUUACCCAAAAUGCUUGUCCGCCAUCGAAACCAACCAGCAAUGCUGUACAAUUUUAUGGUGGAACAUCAAAGCUCGAGCCCUUAGGUACCGUUGACAUUACCUGCUCAGUACAAAGCAACACAGAAUGUCUGAACUUUUAUGUGGUGGAUACAGAUCAAACCGCAUUGCUCUCGGCUGAAACAUGUAAAAAGUUAGGGCUGUUAACUGUGAAUAUUGUGAACAGUGUUGAUACAUCAGCUGAGAAGAGCUUUGAACCACUGACGCGCAGUCAGCUGUUGACCACAUACCAUGCUGUAUUCGAGGGACUAGUAUCUUUCCCAGGCGAGUACAAGAUUGAAAUUGAUCCUACUGUUAAGCCAGUUCAGCAUCAACCAAGAAAUGUUCAUCAAGCCAUGAAGCAGAAAAUUCACACGAAGCUGAAGGAUCUCGUAAACAGAGGUGUGAUCAAGAAAGUUACUACUCCUACAGUCUGGAUAAGUACAUGUAGCAUGCUAACAGUGAAAAAACCUGAUAAGCUACGCAUAUGUAUUGAUCCCAGAGACUUGAACAAAGCUAUCAAGCGACCGCACUAUAUCAAUCCUACCCUUGGGGACAUAUUACCGAAUCUUGCGAAUGCAAAAGUAUUCUCCGUCCUUGAUGCAAAAGAAGGAUUCUGGCACAUCAAAUUAGAUGAAUCAAGCAGUUUCCUUACUACGUUCUGGACCUCUUUUGGUCGAUAUAGAUGGUUGCGUUUACCCUUCGGAAUUUCAUCAGCGCCUGAAGAAUUCCAGCUCAGACAACACGAAGUGUUGGAGGGACUAUCUGGAGCAGAAUGUGUGAUGGAUGACAUCAUAGUCUACGGCUGUGGACAGACCAUGGAAUCAGCAAUUCGAGAUCAUGACCGCAACUUGACGGCAGUUCUACAAAGAGCAUUCGUGAGGUGGGACUAA